AUGGAAUCAUUGCCAUCAGUCAGGAGUAAAACAAGUUCAAGUUCUACACGAAGAACAUCCCUUUCAAGCGGACAUGAGAAAAAGAAACAACCACAAGUUACACAAUCUGAUAUUCACCAAUUAAGGUUAAAGACCCAAUACUUGGAUCAACAGACUAAAAUACUUCGAACACAAUUGAACAGAGUUCACGAUCAGAUUAAUGCGAAAACUAAAACAAUCAAUAAAACAGUUGGAAAUUCAAAUCAAAUUGCUUCAAAUAGUUUCAAGACAAAAAUUGAACAACUUACACGUUCAAUAGAAGCUGCGACUGAUACAAAAGAGAAACUUGAAGAACAAAUUGAAGUUGUUAAAAAUAACGAUAAAGGUGCAGUUGUUGUUGAACUUCAAGAGGAGCUGAAAAUGGCUUACUGCGAAUUACAAAGAAUACAUGAUGAAAUUGCUGAAUCCCAAUCAAACGGCUCUUCAAAUGUUAAAAGAUUACAAACAGCAAACUCCAAAGUAUCAGAUGAAUACGCUAAAGAUCUUGAUUAUAAAAUAAACAAGCUUCGACUCUCAAAUAAAGACAUAAAAGAUAAGAUUAUCGCUUAUCAAAAGAAAAUUGAGAGAAACAAUAUCGAAAGAGAGCUAAAUCAGCGAAAUAAAGAAGGAAAAACACUCCAAUACGGUAAGGUCGAGAUAGAAGACAACAAACGUUACAGAAUAGAAAAAUUUAAUUUAAUUGCUUCAAGUUUGAACGAUGAAAACGCAAAAUUUGAAGAAAAGGUGAAGUUACUUAACGAUGUAAUCAACCAACAAAGAGAGAAAAUCGUUAAUCACCUAGUCCAACAAAGUCCAAGGAAAGAGACAUCCAGGAGUCAAGGAACUACAAAACAGGAAGAGGAGGAAGCUAACGAAGAACAAAAUUCAGGAGAACCUGACAUUAAUUUCUAA